CCGGCGGUGUGGAGGAAAUCCCUCUUGGUCGCGGACCUCGCAGGGAGCGGGAGCGUCGCUUGUUUUCCGUUCCGCGGCAAGAUCGAAAAACACCGUUAUUUCUGACGCGAGGAGACCGACCUGAGCGCCGCUGCGUCCGGGGAUGCCGGCCACUAGCUUCCCGUCGCCGUCUCCAGAGGCUGAUUCACAGUCCGAGAAGCCUAAUGGGCGUUUAUCUUAGCGAUCUUCUUUAUAUUCUGCAUCUCAUUCGGAUAUUUCCCACGCUCCUCAAAUGAAGAAGAUUAAUUUGCGCUGGAAAUCGCCGCCCAUGUGGCCAUCGGGAGUGGGCAACCGACUGCCAUGUCCCCGGGAGUCCGCACUCCGCAGGGCUGCCAUCAGCGGCAACAUCCCCGCGCUCCCGCCGCACCACGUUCCCACGGGCCGGAGCGUCCGGGUCUUCAUCAGUGCCAACCCCGACGACACAGAGGCGGAGAGGAACGCCCUAAAAGAGCAUGUCUACCCAAAGCUGCGGGACUUCUGUCGAGAGAAUUAUGGGAUUGAAUUCCAGGUGGUGGACCUGUACUGGGGGCUGGACCCUGAUGAGUGGGACAGCCCAGAGCUCCAGCAGAUGAGGAUGAAGAUGCUGGAGGAAUGCUUGAAGACCUCCGCAGGUCCAUGUUUUGUUGGGUUGGUCGGUGAGAAGUAUGGCAGCAUACGUGUGCCAGGGGAGGUGGAGUCAGCCGAGUUUGAGAUGAUCCUGGACGCCGCCGUGGAAGUGGGGCUGGAUACACAUAUCCUGGAGGAGUGGUACUGCCGGGACGAGAACUCUGUCCCGCCUGCCUACUACAUCAAGCCCAAGGCUCAGAUGCUGAAGAACUACCAGAAUUCGAUGGAAUCAGGCAGCACCAAGGCCAAGACAGACAGGGCCUGGCGGAGCGUGUCAGACGAGAUCAAGAAGAUCUUCCACACCGCCGUUCAUCACCUACAGGAGAAGGGCACCAUGAAAAACAACCAGGCCAAGAGGUUCUUCUGCUCUGCUCUCGAGGACGAGUUAGACUUCGCCCUGGGCAAGCAGACGCCAGCCUUUCUGAAGAAAUGUGUGUGCUACAUCCGGAAAAUCGCCAACUUUGACCGUUAUGCCAAGCUGCCAGAGAUGGCCCGCUACAUGGAUAUCACACAGAAUGGCGAUCGCGUAAUGCGUAACCAAGAGGCCUACGAGCAGCUUCAGAAGGUGCGCGAUGAGUUCAUCCCGACCAUUGUGGCAGCCUCCAACCUGCGAGUCUACUCUUCAGUCACGCACUGCGACAUGAAGCUGGGCUACUCCCAGGAGGUGGAGAGCCACUAUGUCGAAGGUCUCUGCAAGCAGUUCUAUGAGGAUAUGGUGGAUAUCAUUCAGGCCACCGUGCAGCAGAACUUCGAUACUGAGACAGACCCGCUGUACGAUGAGAUCCUACAGCACCUGUCCCUGUGCAAGACCUACUCAUCAUUGUACGAGUACAAGUGUGAGGCUCUCAGUGUGAUCCACAGGUAUAUGCUGUCCACCAAGGCCAGCAGAGUGAGCCCCCUGGUGGUGUAUGGAGGACCAUGCACAGGGAAGACCCUCCUCAUAGCAGAGGCAGCCAAACAGGCUUACUCCUGGCUUCAGAAAGAAAUGGGCCCAGAGAGUGACCCAGUUGUCAUCGUCCGUUUCAUUGGAUCCUCAGAAUUCUCCACUGACCUUCGCACACUCCUGCAGAGCAUCUGUGAGCAGAUCGCCAUCAGCUACUGUUGUCUGAUCCGCUUCCUGCCCAACAAGAUCCGUGAGAUGCGCGAGCUGCUGGUGAGCCUGCUGAAUGAGGCCUCCUUGCAGCGACCACUGGUCAUCUUGCUGGAUGCCUUAGAACAGCUCUCCGAAGCAGACGAGGCACGGAAGCUGUGGUGGCUUCCGGCACACCUGCCACGGGCUGUCCGGAUGGUGGUCUCUACAUUACCCAAUAAGCAUGGCAUCCUACAGAGGCUACGUUGCCUUGUCCAGGACGAGAGCCGCUAUGUGGAGCUAAUGCAACAUGACCGGAAGAUGUGUAGCCAGACCCUCAAGCACCAGCUCCUUAAUAUCAAGCGUAAGGUCACCUCAGGGCAGCAGAUUUAUGUCAAUGAGGCACUUGCUAAGUGCACCCUGCCAAUGUUUGUCAACCUCAUCUUCCGGGAAGUGCAGCACUGGAGAUCACACAAGGACGUAGAUGAAACUUCAUUGUGCUCAACAGUGCAUGAGAGCAUUGAGCAGCUCUUCUACUCCAUUGAGAAUAAGCUGGGUUCACGGUUUGUGUUCCGAGCACUUGGGUACAUCACUAUGGCCCGAUCUGGACUGACAGAGAUGGAGUUGGAGGACAUACUUUCCUUAGACAACAGUGUCCUUGGUGACAUCAUGGUCAGUUCCAACCUCAAGAGCCCACUACGGAUAUCAUAUUGCCUCAUCGCCCAGCUCAAAGAGGAACUCGAAGGGUACCUCAUAGAGAGGCAGGUGCGGAAUGUGACACUGAUGGUGUGGGCUAACAGGCACUUGCACCUAAUUGCCCAAAAGCUUUACCUCAGCAACGAGGAGGAUGUUCACCAGAUGCACAGUCUCCUGGCAGAGUAUUUCUUAGGGACCUGGUCAGGUGGGAGGAAGAAAAUCUUCCACUGUGAUAACAAUCACUUUGACUCGUUGAACAUAUCCCAUCACAGGAACCCCCAUCACCAUAGCGACAAAGCUACUGCUGAUAAGCACUCAUAUGACAGACAAACUCCAGAGCAGCCAUGGGUGUUUCAGUGCAACCUCCUGGAGCCAGACAUCUUCUUUGUCAACCACCGGAAAAUGACAGAGCUUCUCUACCAUCUCACUCGGAGUGGCCGGAUGGAUGAUCUCACAUUUGGGGUCAUCAUGAACUUCAGUUGGUUGUAUACCAUGAUCAAGAUUGGGCAGUUUGACAAGGCAUUAGCAGAUAUUGACCUAGCCUACAGUUACUCACAGGAGAAAGAACUCAAAUUCCUGGCUACGACACUGCGUAGCAUCAAGAUUAAGGUGACUCGGAACCCAAGCUCCCUGUCUGCUGAGCUUCAGCAGAGGCUUCUGCCUGUGGUCACCUCCCUGCCAAAACUCCGGCAUCUCCUGCUGGAAUGUGACAAAGAUGGCCCUAAGUACUGCUCAAUUGUGCCCCUGCACUCCUCAAUGGAUGUCACCUACUCUCCAGAAAGACUGCCUCUGUGCUCCAGCUACAUGCAGAUUGUGGACAUUCUUCCGACCUUCGCCCCCAACAUUGUCAUCGUAGCCCUAGAGGAUGGAUCCGUCAGCACAUGGGAUGUGGAAAGUCGACAACUUCUGAGACAAAUCGACACUGCACGCUCUGUUGUCUUAGGGAUCAGACUCACCAGUGAUGAAAAGUACUUAGUUGUGGCCACCACUAAAAACACACUGCUCAUUUAUGACAACCACAAGUCAUGCCUGUUGUCUGAAGUGGAGGUGAAAGGCUCUAAACAUUGUGGAGUUACUGGAGGGGUUGCCUUCAUCAAUGGCUUCACCUUGUCCAGCCAUCAUGCUCUCGCUUGGCUAGAAGCCAGCAAAGAUGUCAGUGUCAUUGAUUUGCUUUAUGGUUGGCCUCUGUACCAGUUCCACUGUUGGUACGAGGUCACCUGUGUUGAGUGUUCUCCAGAUGGGAUGUAUGCAUUCUGUGGACAGUACCUAAACACCACAUCAAUUUUCCACCUUGGCAGUGGUGACAAAUUAGCCACUGUGACGUCAGAGUUCUCUGGGGGAUUUGUCAAGUCUCUCCUCAUCUUAGACACAAUUCAUCAGAUGGUGAUGAUCGAUAAUGAGGGCAGUCUCUCAGUCUGGAACACAAAAGAAAUCACAAACCCACGGAUCAUAGAGGACUAUGAUUGCAGAGGUGAUGAGAGUGAGGUGAUAGGCAUUGAGCUAUCAGAAGACCAGUGCUCCAUUCUCAUCUGCAAAGUCGAAAGCAUAGAGGUUCUGGACACCAGGUUGUGGAAAAUGGUUGAGAAGUUCAAAGCCAAACGCAGUGAGCGCUUUGUGGCAGCUGUACUCUCCAAGAAAGGGGAAAGCAUAGUUGCAUCUAUGGAAAAUACUUCAUCAAUCUUUGUAUGGAGGAGGGAUAGUGGCCAGUGUAUGGCAAGCCUAGUGGAGAUCUCAGGAGCUAUUGUGAAGCUAAUCAAGUCCAGUCAUCACAACCUGCUCUUGUCAGUAGCCAGCAGUGGAGUGCUCUCAGUUUGGGACAUUGACAUCAUCACUGCUAUGUCAAACAUUGACAAAACUGGGAAGCGCAUUCAGUGUCUGCAGCUGUCCAGUAGAGAGGAUUUUAUUUACACAACGGAUGGAUCGGAGUCUGUCCACAAAUGGAACUUCAGCACUGGUUUCAUUGAGACUGUGUUCAAGCAUGAAGGCAUUGUCGAUAACUGUGUCCUAACUUCAUCUGGGGAUCUUAUGGUGACUUCUGAUGACAAAUGCAGCCAGUACAUCUGGCAGACAACGACAGGUGAAAAUAUCUUCCGGAUCAAUGGCCAGAGGAUCUCCCAAAUCUUGAUCACCCACAAUGACCAGUUUGUGGUGUCUCUCUGUGAGCAGAAUGCAUCCAGGGUAUGGAGGCUGGCCACAGGCCACAAGGUAUGCAAUAUCCUGGUAUUACUGCAGAAUGCCUUGAUCACUACAGCCAAUACCUUCUUAGUGGGAAUAACAAAAAACAAGUUACUUGCUGUGAGCCUCUGGUCUGGCAGCGUAUCCAAGAAAUUUGUCUGUGACGACGGCAUCACAAUCGUCAACUUCAAGUUAAUCCCGGACUGUCCAGAUUUUGUCGUCUUCAUCACAUCCACAGAGACCGUGUUCAUCUGGAGCAUCGCAGAUGAGUCCAUAUGUCGAAGAGUGCAGCUCCCCAGCAACUUCUUGAAGACUCUGGAAGACUUCCAGAUCUCCCCAAAUGGAAAACUGGGUAUUGUAUCUAAGGGUGAUGAGAACAUCAACGUACUGGACCUGCACAGCGGCAAGCUUCGGCUUGUCCAUGCUGCCGGCAUUAUCUGGAAGCAGAAGCUCUCACGUGAUGGACGCUACCUGGUCUAUAUCUGCUUCCGUAACUGCGAUGAGGACGACGAUGCUGGUGUGGUAUCUAGCCUCAUCGUCAUGAGGCUAGCUGAUGGGAAGAGUAUUGGCACCUGCUCCUUGUACAAGACCCCAACCUUCCUGUGCCUGUCCCAGCGAGCCCUCAACAUCAUUGUGGGCUUUGAAGAUGGCAGCAUUGGCACCUACACCGUAGUGGAUCGUGUUGACGCUGCACUAAAGAUCAAAAUUGCCACGUCCAAUAGCCGUCAGAUAGUCAACAAUGCCUCCCAGAAGGUGCGACCAAAGUGCAGCACCUUUCCCUUUAAGACCAUCGCAGAUUGCAUUUGGAGAGAGUCCACCGAGGUCUUCUCCAGAGACAGUCCGAUAAACGUCUCAGACUCAGGGGAAGCAGAAACUCCAACACCGACAAAGAAAAGUGACCUGCUACAGUGAGAGUGCAAUUUUAGCAGCCAGUCCUUGUUUACAGACCCAUUGUGAUGCAACUGCAGAUAAACACCUGGUGGCACUCUAACCAUCAACAGACACUCCCCUGAACUUGGCAUAUGGUUUAUCCACAAACUAGUGCUGCCUAGUGACUGUUAAAUGUUUUCCAUUUCCAUUAUUACUCAGUAGCAUAUCAGAACAUCAAAUGCUAGUUCAUAUCGUUUCUUCUGGCUCUUUAUUUUGAUCUUAUUAGUAACAUUAUUUUUAACUAUUUUUCCAUUAUUUUGUUUUUAUUUAUAAAUACUUGCUGCAGAUUUUUCAAGUUUAAGUUAAACUUGUUUUGUUAGCUGUAUUAACCGUAUCACUAUUACACGGCAUUUUCUGGUACUGUAAAAAGAGAUAUGUGUAUAUUUAUAUGUGUAUAUAUCUAUUUUGGCUGCUACAAUUGUGCAACUCCUUAAACAAAAUGUUUUGUUGUGCUUAAUACAAUCAAAGUGAGUGCCUGGAUUUUUAAAAGGUUUUUUUUUCUCUUUUCUUGAGAAUUUUGGAAACUUUGAUGAUGCAGGGAAUUCAUAAAUACAGUGUUCAUUCUAAUAAGCAUAUCUUAUGGAUUUGGCAAUUUACAAAUAUAUACAUUGAAAUACUAUUACCUUAGUAUGAGUAAAAUCAGAAAGUUAGGAAGGUUGUAAAUUUCCUGUUUGAUCAAUCAAACCAAUAAGACUGAGGCUCAUAUGAAGCACCUGCAAACAGGGGGACGCGACUUAUUGUGAAAACUCACAGCAGGACUCCGUAUCAGCAGCACUUCAGAUCCUCUCGUGUUUCUGUUGUGUGUAGCAACAAUGUAAAAUUCCGUUGUGUAUAGUCAGGAGAUGAACUAGAUAAAGUUAGGAACAAUGCAAAAGUCUGAAUAGGAAUUGAAUUUGCUUGGUUAGAUAGAUAUGUGUGAAUUGCAGUCUACUGUGAAACAGAUUCUUCAUGUGCCCUGGUGAAGGAUUCAGACAGUUUAUUUUAAGUUUAGGUUAGUUUGUUAGUUUGUUUCACGUUUAUUUGCAUUACACAAAUUUAAAGGGCUACUCCGUAAAAUUGUAUGUUACUGUUUCAUUGUUGAUGCAUUUCCCUCUUUUGACAUAUUUUCUAUAUCUUACAACUUGUAGCAGUAUUUAUCUUUCAAAAGUUUAUUUUCCCAUAUAGAGAAAAACCACUACAAAGAACAACAAUAUACAGUAUAUUUGCCAAAGGUUCCAGUUUGUCUAUUUUUAUUGUGGUUGUUUAGAACUUAAUCUGUUAAAUAAAUGGUUGGAAUUUUGUCAUGGCAAAGUUGUUUAGAUUUCGGUAUGAUUCAGUGUCAAUGCAUUAGCCAUGCAAGAGAUAAUGUAUCAUCUUUACUAAUAAGUUUAAAAUUAGUCCACUCACAUCUUAUUAUAUGGAAUGCUAGUUCAAGAGUAUAUUUGAAUGUGUCAAUAUAAAAGCCAGUAUACAGUAUAUUAUAUGUUAUGUAACUUGAAUGACUUUUAAUAACUUACUGGUUUGCGACAUGUAUUUAAAAUGUACUGGUAAUGAAUGUUUCUACGGUCUUUGUAUUGUCAGGACUGACUUAACUGUUUAGAGAUUUAUAUUUUCAUAAAUGUUGUAUUUAAAUUUUGUUACAGAGUUGUAUAACUGGAAUAAUUAAAAAAAAUGUCUGGAGCAAUAUGAAAUUGUGUGUAUGGAAAAUUUUAAUGUAAUAAAAUGGUUCUCCUUU